AAUUGGCUCGCUUCACAGCACUAGCGAUUACUGACAUUGGUAAAAAUAACUUUUAAUUUCGCAAGACAUUAUUUAUACUUGUUUGUGCAGUCACUACCGUCUUUAAAUGGCAUAUCACUCAGAGAUCGUAGAAUUUCAAAAGACGGUGGGGAAUAUGGCCAUAUUGCCGCUACGCACCCAAGUGCGAGGACCAGCGCCCAAUUUUUCGGAUGAUAACGACAUCAUUGAUGAGUCACUAUAUUACUUCAAAUCGAACGUUUUCUUUCGGGAAUACGAAGUGAAGUCGGAAGUGGACCGGGUUCUUAUCUAUGUAACGCUGUACAUAACCGAAUGCCUGAAGCGAUUGGCGCGAUGCACCAGCAAGAGCCAGGGCCAGCAGGAGCUCUACAGUCUGGCCAUCGCAAAAUUUGAUCUGCCGGGGGAGGCUGGUUUUCCGCUAAACUCGGUAUUUGUCAAGACGAAUGAGCCGGAGCUGAUGCGUCAGUACCUGCUGCAGUUGCGUCAGGAGACGGGCAAUCGGUUGCUGGAAAAGGUCUUUGACACGCCCGACGAUAAGCCGAGCAAAUGGUGGAUAUGCUUUGCCAAGAGGCGCUUCAUGGAUAAGAGCUUAUCAGCGGCAGGAAUGUAGGUAGGACGGGACCGGUACGUAAGAAGCAGAGACGUCAUUCGAUGAUCUUGACUGUUAGAUUUGAGACUUGUUAAAAUACUAAUAAAAUACCAAAUAUUUCGAUACUUUCCGAUAA